GCCGAGUGAGUCAUUUCUUGUGAUGUCAGCAUUCAUCGCCAGGCCUCCAGCCUCUGUGACUGCUUGAUAUUUGGAGCCAUUCCUCCUGUCAAUACAAUUAUGAUUACUAAUUAUUUUGGUGAAGUUGGCGAACGGCUUCACAGCGGCUGUUGCCGCUUGUCGCUGCUAAACACUAGAACAGUUGCCCAUGAUCACUCUUACUUGCUUGGCGGUUGACCGUGGAAGAAACCCCCUCGGUGCCGUGUUUCUUCUGAAUGUAUCGCCUGGCGAAUCUGUUGACUUCCUUUGCGACGCUAUCAAGUCUAAAUUAGCCCGCCAACUAGAUCAUCUGGAUGCAAACCAGCUGGUGUUGUGGAAGUUCUCAUCGCCGAUACCAAGGGGGGUUACAGGAGCCGAAAAACUAGCUUUUCGUCAAAGGAUAAAGGCAAUUGAGUUCCCUGAUCCUGAAUGCGACGAGGCACUGGAGGGAAACGGCCCCGUGCAGAUUCUCGACCCUGAAGAUAGGAUAUCCCAAUACUGGCAGGAAGACCCCAAGGAAAGGCAUCUCCAUCUCAUCGUCCAAGUGCCUCAUAACGGAAAGAGGAAGCGUGAGGAUUCGGUCGAUAUUUCAGCAAAGCUGUACCUUAAAUGGAACGUUCCCCUCCCAAAAAUCCUGAACGUUACCGAUUUGGGUGUCUAUCUGAACGCGCCUCUUGAGCCCGAAGAAAAAAUCCCGAUUUCCAAUCCGCAAUGGCGGAGCCUCCUGCACACAGAUCCAAGUAGUCCUAAGCUCCUUUGUUUUCCAGCAGACCUGGAGAUGCUCUUCAUCGAGAAUGAGGAUGAGACGGCUAGCUUUGUCUGGCGCCUACUAGAUGUGGCAAUUCACGGCCACCCACCGGACUCAAAUGGAACUAAAAACUCCUUCAUUUCAUUCUGGGACGAAAACAUUCUGAACAUCCUCAAGGCGGGUCUUGGCGACCUCAAGUGGAUACGCAACAGCAACCGCAGCACGAAUACUGGAUCUUUCCGCCCUGAUUUGGGUCUCCUCUUGGAGUCGGCCUGCUUAUUCCGGGGGGAGGAGAAAUGUCCAUCGUUUUCCGGAAAACAUCCUCGUCAGGAGCUCGCUGACAAGACUCGCUGGGCCUAUGGCCGUGCUCCAUAUGUGCUCGGCUACUAUGCCGUUGGUGCUAAUAUCACGCUUGUAGCUAUCCAGCCAGUCAUAAAUGCACAGGGAGUUCAAAAAAUUGUUGUACAAGACAUUCUAAAGGCAGAUCUGUCAACAAGGCGGGGACGUAUGAGAAAUGCGACAACGAUGAUCAGACUGGUCAAGGUUCUCCGGGCAUUAGAACAUAUGGUGGACAGAGAUGUGGAUACUGAUAUGUUUAUAUUGGAACGUGAAAAUGGGAAAUGUGUUGAAUUUUUCAGGGACAAGAUACGGAAGACUUAUCCCACAGAAGAUAAACUCAAGAUUUCCUUUCUUGAAUUUAUCUAUGGAAAACUCAAAGAAAAACAUGUGCCAAAUGUUGACACCCUUACGAACUUUGGAAUGUCCCAUCCAGAAUAUGGUUGCUUUGUGGAACUCGCACCUCGAGGUUACUACCAUGGUCCAGAGUCUGCUGAAGAUGUUAAAAAUGCAGUCAUCUGUCUUCUUGAGGCUCUCCAAGUAUCACACACUGAACCACCGGUGUUUCAUCGAGAUAUUCGCUGGCCAAAUGUCAUGCAAAGCCUCACCAAUUCCAAGCAGUGGUUCCUCAUUGAUUGGGAAGAUGCUGCAAUCCCUCCAACGAAAGCAGCCCUCAAUUUGGAUUCUGAAACACAUGCACCACAAGUAUUUGAGGAUGGCCAUGGUGCAGAGGUUGAUCUUUGGGGAGUUGGGAACCUUAUUACUGAAGCUCCUGUACAUGAGCUGCCUCAAAGCCUCUGCUCUUUCGGAUGGAACUUGGUCAAGGGUUCUAUUUUGUCAGCUGAGCAAGGACUUAGAGAAUUAAAAUCACUGUGAUGUCCAAAUUCUUUUUGCAUUCUAUUUGGCCUUGAGAAUAUGUCUAUACAUAUUACCUACUGUUCUGGAUUUGUUGUUGUUUUUUUAUGUGCAUUCAGAUGUUUGUG